AUGUCUACAUCAACUACACCAUCUCUCCCCCUCCCCACCUCCCCCACAAGUCUAAAUGUCAUCGCCUUGAUCUCGGGAGGUAAAGACUCCCUAUACUCUAUUCUCCACUGCAUCCGGAACGGACAUAAGGUCGUUGCGCUGGGGAAUUUGUAUCCGCCUACCACAACCCCUCAUAAUGAGGAGAAAUCACAAGGAGAUGGCGAUGAUGAGGAAGAUGAGGAAGAAGACAUCGACAGCUUCAUGUACCAAACAAUCGGGCAUAGCAUUAUCCCGCAGUAUGAGUCCGCGUUAGGGAUUCCGCUGUACCGGCAGCAGAUUAUAGGGUCUGCGGUGGAUACGGGGAGGGUUUAUCGUGAUUCUCCUUCAUCAUUAUCAGGAGCAGCACCCGGAGGAGAAGCAGAAGGCGAUGAAGGAGAAAGGAAUGAGGGAGACGAAACUGAGUCUCUCGUCCCGCUCCUCCAACGCAUCAAGGCCGCUCACCCGGAAGCCAACGCCAUCUCUGCCGGCGCUAUUCUCUCCACGUACCAACGUACCCGGAUCGAGAACGUCGCAGCGAGGAUGGGUCUCGUGCCGCUUGCUUGGUUGUGGCAGUACCCUGUUCUGCCUGCGCCUGAGGAGAGGUUUGGUCUUGGUGGAGAAGCAGGUCUAUUGGAGGAUAUGGCUGCGGUUGGGUGCGAGGCGAGGAUCAUCAAGGUUGCGUCGGGGGGAUUGGAUUCCGGGUUUUUGUGGGGAGAUGUGUCGGGGAGGAAUGCGGGGGUUAGGAGGAGGAUUAUCAAUGGGAUGAAGAGGUUUGUCUUGGAUGGUGGGGAUGUGAGGGGCGCGGUGUUGGGUGAGGGUGGUGAGUAUGAGAGUUUGGCGUUGGAUGGGCCGGGUUUCCUUUGGAAGAAGAGGAUUGAGGUUCCGAGGUGGGAGGAGGGUGCUGGGGAGGGGGGUGUUGCGUUUGUGAGGGUUAGGGGGGCGAGGUGUAUGGAUAAGGAUGGGGAUGGGGUGGUGCCGGGGGAUGUGAGGAGGCCGGUGUUGUUGGAUGAGGGGUUUAAGGAGGUGUUGGAAGAGAGGGAUGCAAAGGUGUCGUCGUCUCAAGGGCAGAUGGAGAUGUUGCAGAGUACGAAUGGUGGCACGUGGGUGGUUGCUAAUAUCUCGGCCCCUGAGGCUGGUCCUGGGGCUGCGGAGCAGAUGGAGGCGAUCAAGGAGAAGAUUGAGGCAAUCUUGGCUUCUACGCGGCGUGAGGAUGGGACUGCGUCUCGGACUACGGCUGAUAUCGUCUUUACAACGGUGCUGCUGCGCUCUAUGGCGGACUUUGCCUUGAUGAAUGGUAUCUACGUCUCCUUAUUCAAGAAGCCUAAUCCUCCGGCGAGGGCUACGGUGGCUUGCGGUGAUAGUCUGCCGGAGGGAGUGAAGGUCAUGGUAUCGGCGGUGGUGGACUUGGGUCCUAGAGAGCAAAGGCAGGGUCUUCAUGUCCAGUCGCGUUCUUACUGGGCGCCGGCUAAUAUUGGCCCAUACUCGCAAGCCAUGUCGGUUCCGGUACAGGGAUCGGAGCACAUGGUUUACAUUGCCGGACAGAUUCCGCUGGAGCCGGCUUCGAUGGAGAUGAUGAGUGCUUCAGGGGAAGCACUGACGCGGCCGUGGAUCGAGAACUAUGCCACGCGCGCGGUGCUUUCCUUGCAGCAUCUUUGGAGGAUUGCGCACGCUAUGGAGGUUGACUGGUGGCUGGGGGCUGUUGCUUUCUUGGUGGGAGAAGAGCACAUUGAGACACAGGCCCGACUAGCAUGGAACAUCUGGGAGCGGAUGCAUGCUCUUCAUGAAGAAGAAGACCACGAAGACGGAGAAUCAGGCCUGGAUGUCUGGGAUAUCAAGUAUGGAGGCCGUGCGCACGAGCAAGCCACGAGUCCAUCGACACCUAAGUUGCCUAACUUUGGGGUGGUCCAGUCAGACGCUUUGGUUCCUGCGUUUUUCGCAGUCCAAAUUUCAGAGCUUCCCCGAGGAAGUGAUAUCGAAUGGCAGGGUCUGGGGUACAGGUGUGGUGGAUUGCGGAUGGCUGCAGAAGAUACGGAGUAUGGCCGCAAGACCACCGUGUCCACAGAGCAGAAACUCAGUUAUAUCGGCAUUGAGAUCGACAUGGAACAGUCAGGAUCAGAUCUGGAUUCGUAUCUGCAGCUUGUCCUGCAGAAGCUGCGUGAGGUGGCAGAAGGUUCUCACGCGAUCAUCUAUACCAGUCAGCCAUUGUCCAAACCUGCGUUCUCCGCGCAGAUUGUUCCCUGCAAAUCUGUAUGGGGAGCGAAAGGACGAGAGUUGGCAGCAGCGAAAAAACCCGCCUUUCCGCCCUGGGAUUCCGGUUCGAUCAAAGCGAUAACAUUCUCACUUCAUCUUCCUCUUCGCUGCUGCCACCCCACGCACCUCUCUUGGGUCAAUUCUCCUGGCCGCUCAUCACCCACCAUCCAUGCCAUGGCCGUUUCGCUGAGCCAGGAGGAAGACGAAUCGCUUCCUGUCAACGGUUCUGCCCUCGAAAUAGAGCUGUCUGACACUCCCCGACAACCCUCUCGUUCCCCUCACCCGUAUCGUCGCAAGGGCUCGCAUUCAUCGUCGCUGCCUGCGGAUACCGGCGACCGAUCAACCCGUCUCCACUGGCCACGGACCUCGAGCGAUAGUGGCACCGAGGCUGAUGAUGAAAGCACGGGCAUACUGAGGGGUUUACCAGCAGCACCUUUGCGACCAAGGAAAGGGUUGCGUUCGGGUCGCCAUGCUGUUGGCGAGGAAGACCAGUGGUUUCCCCUAUUGCGCCCGUGGCCGUCGAUAACCCGUUCCACCUCACGGAGCUCGCGGCGGAGCUCAGGAGAAGAAGCCGAGGCCUCAGCGACAGGAUUGCGCGGACAGGAAGCUCGGAAGCGGCGUAUCGGGGUUCUGCAGAGGUUGUUGGAGGCUGCGUUGCUCCUCUCGGUGGGCGGCGUCGUUCUGGGACAAGAAAGCACGAGGGCGAUUGCUUGGGCUUGGAGAAAAGAGCUUCUUGCCCAUUCCCUACUUGUCGGUGGGCUUUACGCCGCUUAUCCUUUCCAUCGAGAUGGACGUUUUCGCUUCUCAAGACUACGGUCCUUUGUUAUCCCUACGAGUUUCGAUCCUGCUCCGCUGCUUUACCCGAUUUUGAUACCCAUUUACGUUGCUUUGUCUUUAGCGCAGCAUAGUCCUACUCUAAUACUCCCUAAUGUCCUCCUCAGUCUCUCAUCUCUUCCGCCUGCCGUCAUCCCACUGCACGAUUGUUGUCACGGACACAGCAUCGUCCAUUGGAUGAUCACUUUGCUUCCGGUUAUCGUCUCGGAGCAACUAUCGGCAGGAAUCUCACCUCCCAAACCUUUAUCUCUUCGCGGCCUCAACUCGGAAUCUUUGGCUCUUCUUUUUCCUUUACAUCAAGCGUUGAUACCCACUUUAGAUUUUUUGUUGACUACCAGCGUCCUUCCCGCAGAACUGCAGCUUUUGACAAGCGCUCUGAUCAAUCUAUUCUUAUUUGCGUCCUCGCCUCAGGCAGAAAUCCUUAAGGCGUUGCUAUGGCUUGGUGGCCUGUGCAUCUUCAUCUCUUGUCGCGACGUGCUUCGCUGGGAAGUGGCUCUGGCAAGGAUCCCCAGCUGGAAAUUUCGGCGAGCGCCCAGCAACUCGCAGUCACCCCGAAGUAUCUUCAAUGUGCUUGAUCACAAGUUAUGCCAGCGACUAAGCCGCACGGGCACCUCGGAGGACAAUAUGUCGGACAGUGACUCGCCAGAAGGCCAAUUCUCGCUCGUCUCACGAAAGACAAUGCUCGAGUCGCGUGACAAAACCAAGGCGGGCGAGCCCAAUCGUACCGUAGAGGCUGAGGUGACAGAAAGCGUCCGGCAGCAGCCUACACUUACACACCGGCGACGGCACACAAUCUCUAGCGUCAGCGAGGUCGCACGCACAGGAAAAGUUAGAACGACCCCCAGUGGGCGACGAAAGCGAUCAAUGGCCCCUGGUCUAGCGUCGUUCCUGUCGCUGACAGUGCCUCAAGCCCAAGUCCGGAAAUGGCUGUACGCGUUGUUCGUCUACGUCACAGUGCUGCUCAUCAUCUUAGGACCUGUUCGCAAAUAUGUGGGCGAGCAGGCGUUACACGGAGAAGACCCGUUCGGGUGGGCACUGAGCUAUCUGCUGGGCAACGUUUCAUGGUUUCGAUUCUGGGUGAUUAUGUGGAACCUGGAAUAUUGGAUUCCUCUCCCCGCUCGCCUGGACCCUGACCUGUUGGAUGCCUCCUGCACUCUUGGUUGGGUCGAACAUCUCCGCCGAGAUGUCUUCGGGGAGGCUAAUUCGCGCCUCCUCGUUGCAGCAUAUUGUGUUGUGGUACUUGUGACUGGAUUGGCGGUUGUGUUACAGUUGAGCUCCGUCGCGGAGGUCGAUACGAGACGCAAGGUCUUCCAUGGCAUGAUGGUGCUGAUGUUCCUUCCGACGGUGUACGUCGACCCCACGUUUUGUGCUCUGGCCCUGAGUCUAGUUCUGUCCGUCUUCCUGCUGCUCGAUCUCUUCCGAGCGUCCCAGCUGCCCCCGAUCUCGCGCCCGUUGACUUACUUCCUUGCCCCCUACGUGGACGGGCGCGAUCACCGGGGCCCUGUGAUCGUGUCGCACAUCUUCCUCCUCAUUGGAUGCUCGAUCCCCCUUUGGCUUUCUCUGGCGGAUAUCCCUCGGACGGGCGACCAUCCCUGGAUGGGGUGGAGUGCGAUGACCCGGGACGUGAGUAUGGUGAGCGGGAUCAUCUGCGUGGGCAUGGGCGAUGCGGCGGCGUCGCUCGUGGGGCGACGGUUCGGUCGGCGCAAGUGGUUUUGGGGAGGAGGGAAAUCGCUCGAGGGCAGCGUGGCCUUUGCGGUUGCUGUAACGUGUGGCUUAUUGUUCGCGCGAGGCUGGCUUGUGCUGGGAGAAUGGCCGAUCACCGGAGACAACUAUGGACCGCACCAGAACUUCCCCUGGUUGAAAACCGUGGUGAAAGUCAUUUUGGCCGCUGGGGGAACCAGCGCAACCGAGGCGAUUCUGACGGGAUGUAAUGACAAUGUCGUGGUUCCGAUUGUGCUAUGGCUCCUCGUGAGAGGGCUUGGGGUUUGA